AACGGGAUACUGACACAGAGAGAGAGCGAGAGGAGACCUGUCGUGUACCAGCAGCAUCAUGCAGGGUCUGAGCUCUCGCGCUCACGCGUUUUUGGUGGAGGCGCUGGUCGGUAAACCCUGUAAACGGAGGAAGACCUCGGCACGACCGGACGUUGCGGGGGUCAACGCGGAGGUCAGCGGCGACGCCGACACGUUCACUAGUGAGACCGGUUCCAACGGUCCUCUGCAGUUUCCUUCGGACCAGAGUAAAAGUGCUGCCGGGACACCACAGGGACAAAAGGACUCGGAACUCGGGAGAGAAGGUCGCAAAAUCAGGGUCGGGGAUGAAACGUUGUGCGGAGAGGCCCAGAGGUCGGGGCAGAGCGGGGACCCGCGGGUCGACCUGCAGGGCUCAGAGCUCUGGAACCGCUUCUAUGAGAUCGGCACUGAGAUGAUCAUCACCAAAGCUGGCAGGAGAAUGUUCCCGUCGGUACGGGUCAAGGUGCGAAACCUCGACCCCUGUCAGCAAUACUACAUCGCCAUGGAGCCCGUGGACUCUAAACGCUACAGGUACGUCUAUCACAGCUCGCAGUGGAUGGUGGCGGGAAACACGGACCACUCGUGCAUCUCCCCGCGCCUCUACGUGCACCCGGACUCGCCGUGCGCAGGAGAGACAUGGAUGCGUCAGGUGAUCAGCUUCGACCGCGUGAAACUGACGAACAUCGAGAUGGACGACAAGGGACACGUGAGUUAUCCCUCUGGGGGGAAAGCUACUCUCUGAACAUGAGGGCCUGUUGUCAAAUUUAUAAGAGGUUCAUAUGUUAUACUUUAGGUUUGCUUCAUAUUAAGCAUGCAGUUUACCUAUUUCCAAAGUUGUGUGUUUAAUUUCUCAUUCCUGUGUUCAUGGAAAUAAUUAUUCGUUGUAAAAUGGGUAAAAAGGGGCUGCCCUUUCAACAAAUGUUUAUUAUUUUCUACAGAUUGGCCUACAUUUAAAUGAUAGAUUUAUCUAAAACAAAUGACAUUUAUUUAGCUGAGUAGAUAUUUUACAAAGUACUUAAAAAGAAAAUGAUAGAAGGCUUUAAAAGUAAUUACGAACGAUAUAUUUUUUGCAACAAGUUGAUUCUCAACAGCCUGUGGGGUCGCUUUUCGCUACGCCCAGACCUACCCACUUGUGAGCUAAUUGCUGAACCUGAAAGGUUCACCCAGCUCAUGUUCAGCGACAGCUAUCACAUUAGCCACUUUUGUUUUGUUUCUGAUGAGGUGGCCCUUGAACAAUGGAAACACAAAGAUGCCCGUCUCGAAAGGGCUCGGGAUGUUAACGUGAUUGUGGGGGCUGUGACUACGGCCCAUGCCAGGCUCAUGCUCUAUGACCUUCUAGACAAAUUACAGGAGCGUAUCCUCUAUUGUGACACAGACAGCAUCAUUUUUGUUUCUAAGGAGGGUGAUUGGGUACCCCCUUUAGGUCCUUAUCUGGGCGACUUGACCGACGAGCUAAAUGAUGGCGAUCGGUAUGGUACCGAGCAGGAGGAUUACAUUAGCGAAUAUGUCUCAACAGGUCCUAAAAGCUAUGCUUACCACACACAUCAGCACAAGUCUGUAGUCAAAUGCAAAGGGGUGACUUUAAAUGCAGCAAAUGCUAAAGUGGUCACCCAGCAAACACUGAAAUGUCUAAUAGAUGAUUUUGUCAACAAUCGACCGCAAACCCGCGACAUCACCACCACGGUAGAUACCAUUCAAAGGAAUAAGAAUAAGCUUCUGCUUAAAAACGCUACUGUGGUUAAACGACUUAGGGUGGUUUACAACAAACGCAGGGUUUUUUCCGACUACACCACGCUUCCUCACGGCUAUUAACCAUUUUGUUUAUAGUGUCCAAAUGAUCCCCUGUUUUUCUUCUUCUUCUUCCACAUAUUUUUUUUAUAUCUUUUUAUAUUAUUCAUUUUGUAUUUUUGAGGUGUUAUGCAUAUUGUGUUAAGAAAAUCAAUUCAUACGGAAAUAUACCACACACUUUCCGGCAGGUUAUUAACUAUUUUGUUUUGAUUUAUUGUUUUCAAAUUGAUCCAUGUGUUCUUCUCCUUUUAAUCUUUUUAUUUCAAUCAUUCUGUAUUUUAGGGGGUAUUCAU